ACAGACGGCUGCACACGAUCACCAAGAGCACCACAACACAGCAGCACAGGUCUGCGGGAGAGAAUUUGUUCGUUCACUGUCUAUCACUGCCAUGCCGCGAAACCACUACCGAGCCAAUCCGACCUCACAUCGAAUGAAAGCGACUCUUUCGUGAACAAAGGGCUGACCUCUGGUCAGCAUCUGGCACGAGGGCUCUUGCCAAGAAGGGGUCCCUCAGAGGCCGACUGGAAUCCUCGUCCAGCCGGUCUCCGUACAGCGUGCCGAACGAAAAGUGAAGAUAACGAUCCCAUUUGGAUUUACCGAACCGAACAUUCCCUGCGCACAACACAGGCCGCGACCCGGCCAACGCCUCGAACUCAUCGCUGAUGUAUUUGCAACAUCAUGGGGUCAAAAAAACAUGUCCUGAAGGGUACUUUCCAACCCCAAAACAACUUGAAGCCGGAGGGUGGCUUCAUGGGGAGAUUCAGAGGCGUGGGCCACAGUAUGGCUCGGUUUCUACCAAAGUUUAAGGACGACUCCGAUGAUAUGAGCACAGACAACGCACCGGAGGCCAAAGCGACACAGAAACCUCAUCGUAGUGGGCUGAUGUCCCAGAAGGCUACGAGCUCAAGGUCUGGCGACAAACGACGACAGUCCCCAGAGAUUGACGAGCUGGCCGAGGACGAGAAGCACCAUGCGAAAAGACAACGCCGUUCGAACGACCUGAAGACACCGCCCAGAGUUGAUAUUGCGGCACUUGAAAGCCGGCGGACCGUUGCCAUCGCCAAGCGUGAUGUGGAAGAGGUACAACGGAUCACGGACCAGCUCGAGGGCAAUCGGUUGUCCUCCCGAACCUAUCAACAAUCCUCAAAACAGCCCCCCGAAGCUAUUGACAGCGACGACGAGCUAAAUGCAUCUCCAACAAAGGAAAUCGACGCCUCGAGGGACUCACGCAUGUCGCUCAAUGGCCAAGUCUCGCCUUUGAACCGUAAAACUCCAAAGGGAGAUAUACGCAAGACGAAAUUUCAAGAGAGGCAAGAAAGUCAAGAUGAGGAAGUCACUCUUUCUCGUGCCGUGUCGGGCAAGGUUCGCUUUGAUGCCAAGCAAUGUGGUCAAACAAUUCGGCUGAGACUGAACAAAAAAGAUACCUUCAGUCUAGUACCAGUCGACAAAGCGGGCGAAAAGCUGGACAUGCAAUGGUUGACACUGACGCUGCGAGACUGCAUUAAGAUCAAGUUCUCAGAGGAGUCACAGCAUCUUGUCUUUUUCCGGUCAUACAAGUCGGUAAUAUCGCCGAAGUUGUGUAUCGAAAUCCCGUCCAUUCCGGAUGUCAUUGCAAUUAUUCGAUGGAUUUUUAGCGCGAUCGCCACAGGAGCCCAGGAUCUGAAAUCUGUGAAACUCGAACACCCACCACGUGAAACGCUUCAAAAAGUCUUCGACAACCUGUACCAGAGCGCUCCAGCACAGGUAGAUCCAAAUGUGCAUCGGAUCAGGGAUCUCGAAUCGACAGAUGCUGCACAAAAUCAUAUACAGCAAGACAAACGCCGAGGUCUUGAUCCUCGACUCUGCCGACAAGGCAGGGGAUCUUCACCGCCGUCGCCCGAGACCGCAGAAACCACUAGGCGUAUAUCUCUUAGAGAUCGAAUGAAAGUUGGCUCCAACUCGCCUUCAGAGGUCGAUAAAUCACAACUUCGCCGCAAAAGCCCCCGAAGUCAUCAAGUAGAGCGUCGCACAAGUGACGACAUAGAAACGUCGUCUACAAUGACUUUCAUCAACAAUCAAUGGAUCAAAAACUAUCCAGAUUGGGACAAGAUGUGGGAAGACAAGCCACUGAUCUAUCCCGCCAGUGGCAAGAAUCGCGCCCAAAUCAUCAAGGAUGAUAUUUCUAGGCUCGAAGAACACCAGUGUCUGAACGACAACCUCAUCGUCUUCUACCUCAGAUACCUUCAGGAUCAGCUGGAAACUGAGAAUGCGGGAUGGUCGGAACGAAUCUUGUUCAUGAAUCCUUGGUUUUACGAGAGAUUGGGCCAACAGAAGGGUCGAGGUGUCGACUAUGACGCGGUCAAGUCAUGGACUGCCAAGAUCGACUUGCUCUCCAAAGACUACAUCAUUGUUCCAGUAAACGAAGCAGCGCACUGGUAUCUGGCCAUCAUCUGCCAUCCUGGGAAACUCCUUCCAGCGACGGCGAGGGAUGACAACAAGACAAUUGUCACGAACGUUGGUGAGGAGGACAUGCCUCAGCCGGGAAGCCAGAUACAGUCAACUCCAGACGCAGCUGUUGAUGUGCAAGAUGACAGUGAAGCAGAUGUUCGGAUUGUCUCUGACAUUGCUCCUGGCAAUCCUCCCAAGUUAUUCAAGGAAAUUGCCUUGAGCAAGGCGCAGACCCGGAAGCUCGAUGGUGGGGGGAAACGUCCAGCGGAACCCGGCGACGCUAGAAUCAUUACUCUGGACUCCAUGGGGAAUACCCACUCACGUACUUGCACCAACCUCAAGGAUUACCUAGUACAGGAGAUCAAGCACAAACGUCGAAUUGACGUCGAAACCCCGCCUCGUUUUGGUUGGACCGCCAGAGGCAUUCCCGAGCAAAGCGAUUUCAGCAGUUGCGGUAUCUUCCUCCUUGCGUAUGUCGAAAGGUUCCUGAAGCAACCGGAUCAGGUCAUCAGCGACAUCGUCAAUAAGAAAGACCUUGGAUGGUCGGACAUUGACCCAGUUGCCAUGCGUGUUAAUAUCCGAGAGCUUAUAAUAAGGCUACGACAAGAACAGAACGUCCAGCGCGACAAGGAAAGACAGGCCAAGCAAGACGCCAAAGCUCUUAAGCUGGCGCAAAAGAAAUUGGUCAUUCCAGCCGUAGAUUCGUCACCGGCACACGCUGCUCAAACAACUGGUACGACCAAUCCACGCAAGCCAGUUCAGGAAAUCCAAGUUUCGAGUUCUGACCCUCCGUCUAGUGGAAAGACCGGCAACCUCACCGCCGCAGACCCCCAAGAUGGCCAGUCCCCGUCAAACCAAAACAUUGGUUCCUCGCCAAAACCCGUUCGGCCGCCUCCCCAAUCCAACCAGGCUCUGAAAGCAUUACCUUGUAGAUCGCCGAAGGUGGACCCCUUGGUAGAUACUUCGGAUAUCGAGCGCCUGGCCAGUAGAGACGACAGUUCAUUGGUCCCGCCAAUACUAUCUAGCAGUUCCUCAGAACGAGGGACGCCUAAGCGGAAAGAGCCACAUGACGAAUUGACCCUAUCGGAGGCCAACCCACCUGCACCUCGCCGCCGGUUUCGUAAUCCAAAAAAGCGAUACGAUGGGAUGGUUGCUCUUGAGCGCAACAGCUGGUCGUAUUUUAGCAUGUCUGGUGACCAUGGUGAACGGCCCGAAUCGCCUGAGAAACAGCAGACGAAGCAUGCAGAACGAGGAAACAGCCAAGCCAUCGUUGUGGUCGAUGAAAGUCCACAAAGCGAGAAAACAUUGGAAAAGAGAACGACGAGUCCCCACUUUACACUCAGCCCCAGCUUGGGGCGUCGAAGUCAACGUGGUCUAGUAACUCAAAAUACGCCUUCUCGAGGCGACCGAGGCAAGAAGGUUGUCUAUGGGGGCACUGGACGCCGGGCGGCCAACGGCGACAACAACAUUGAUCUUACGGGUGCGGAUUAG